AUGCGCUUCUCGUUCGCCCUCGUCCUUCUUGUCGCCCCCGCCCUCGUGUCCGCGACUCUCGAUCCGGCCACCUCCAACACCAAGGGCAAGUGCCCGAGCGUCUACAACUGCAGCGCGACCAAGGUCUCCACUGCCAUCCAGGCCGCUGAGUGCUCGCACAACACCCGUACCUCUGAGACGCAGACGUUCGCCGUGUUCGUGACGGACCACCAGUAUGACGGCAACAACGGCUACCCGUACGGCACCUGCUCUGCCUACACUUGCGAGUCACCCACGGCGGACGUCAUGACCGCCAACGACGACUGCUGGACCUUCUUCUGGAGUGGCAACGGAACCGACAGCGGCGUCGGAACUGGCUGCAUCAAGGACCCCACCACGGGCAACUGUGGCUGCGAGAACUCGGACGGCCAGUUCAUCGCUGACAGCAGCAGCUGCGUGUAA